UCUCAGUCGCUGAAAGACACAGGCAACGUGAACGUGAGGGAGCAGGCAUCGUCUCAGAUCCACCAACUGCAGUGAUAAUGCAGACAGCAGUGCUACUCCUCUUAAUGGGAAUAGUGGAGCUGAGCAUCGGACAGCGUUACAGUCAAUUCCAGUGGCUGUCCCAUCUGCGAGGGCGACGCCGGCAUGCUGGCUGGCAGGCUGACAGCGUGGAUUGCCCCCUGGAGUGCGACUGCCCCCCUGCCUACCCUACAGCUAUGUACUGCCACAGCCGCAACCUUCAGCACGUUCCUUACGUCCCCUCACACAUAAAGUACGUCUACUUGCAGCGGAACCAGCUCACGGGCAUCCAGGACGGGGUGUUCGACAACGCCACCAACUUGGUCUGGGUGGUUUUGUUUCACAAUCAGCUCAACUCAGACAAGAUCGGCAAGAACGUCUUCAGCAAGCUCAAGAACCUGGAUCGACUCUUCUUGGACCACAACGAGCUCACCCGCGUGCCUCCUAACUUGCCCAAAGGCAUCACAGACCUGCGACUUGGUCACAACAAGAUCUCGAAAAUCCUCUCCAGCUCAUUCGAGGGGAUGACCAACCUCACUAGCCUUCAUCUCCAGGCGAAUGACCUAGAGGACGUUGGGGGUGUGUUCAAGGGACUCAAGUCGCUGACCAUGCUGGAUAUGAGAAAAAACAAGCUGCAAAAAGUUCCCGACAACCUGCCUGAGAGGGUGCAUCAGCUCUACCUGGAGUUUAACAGCAUAGCGAGUGUGCCGUCAGGCUUUCUCUCGGUGCAUCCCAAACUGCAGUUUUUCCGCUUGGCUCAUAAUAAGCUGACUGAUAAAGGCCUUCCGUCCAGUGUCUUCAACAUCAGCACACUGGUUGAGCUUGACCUGUCCUUCAACAAACUGGAGAGGAUCCCUGUGGUUAGCAGGAACCUGGAGAACCUUUACUUGCAAGCCAAUAAGAUCAAAGAGUUCUCCCUGAGCAGCUUCUGCAGCACUGUUGACAUGACAAACUUCUCCAAGCUGAAAAUGCUGCGGCUGGAUGCCAAUCAGAUCAGUGCCAAAGACAUUCCUGCUGAAGCUGCCUACUGUUUGCGGCGUGUUGCCUUUAUAGAUGUGUAGCUUCCUGAUGUCGCUCACCAACAUUUAAUACUUUCUUUACUAGCAAACUUUUUUUUUUUUUUAUCAUACAUCAUUACAUUUUUUCUUAUGUUGUUCACUGUCCUUUCUAUUGAAACAUAGUUGAGACAGUGUUUUGUUGAACUUUUAUUAUUAUUAUUAGUAAUUAAACAGUUACUGUAUUAAUCAACGGGAAAUAAUGUGAACCAGAUGACAGAGAGCGACGAGAUAUGGCUCUUACACACACACACACACACACACACACACACACACACACACACACACACAUUUAUAUAUAAGUUGUAGCUAAUGAACUUUAGUUCUGAUUGUAGCAUUAUCUGUAUAAAACUGCCAAUAAUCUGUGUGAGAAUCAGUUUGCAUCUUUGCCUCCACCGUGUGGCACAAGGUGAUAAAACAACAAGCUGAACCACAAUAAUACUCAUUAAAACUCUUUUAGAAAAGUCAUCUUUUAGCAUAUAAUCAGUAAUGGACACUGAAUAAUGUAUUUCUAGUUUGAUUGUACUUGUUUUUCAGUCCAGUGAAUAUUUUUUUUUAGUAACAUUUGAAACACCACAGGGAAGUGUUUUUGUAACUGAUGAAACAUCUGUUUCUCUUCAGAGGAGAUUCCUAAAUUUUCAAAGUUAUGAUUGAAUAGCUGUUUUCUGAUUGUUUAAUUCACAGUCUUCAUAGUCACUUGUAAGAAUUUCUCUCACUGGGGUGUAAUUUCUGAGCCAGCCUGUAUGUCACUGUAUCUCACAGAGAAGUGGUUGUUUACCACAUUCAGACAAUAAACUAUUGUAAGGAUUGACACUACUUAGUGUGUAUCCAUUUUUCUGGAGGGCUAUGAAUUGUACAAUUGUUUCAAGUGAUUAUUUUUUUUCUUGGAAUCUUGACCUAUUAAUACAUCUCGGAACACAAA